AUGAGGGUCUUUUUCUGGAAUAUUCGUGGAGUGAGGAAGGCUGCUAGUAAAAGGGCCUUACGAAUGCUGGUGAAGGCGUUUUUCCCGGAUAUUUUAUGCUUGGCUGAACCUAUGGUUCAAGUGAGUAGAUUUCUAGCUCUAUUUUUCAAUAAGUUGGGUUAUUCUUUUGAUUUUAUUCAUAAUAAUAGGCAGAAUAAGGUUCCAAAUUUGUGGAUUAUUUGGAAGUGUGGGAUAGCUCGUCCAAUUGUUAAAGCAAUGUCGGAACAACAUAUUUCAGUGGAGUGUGACUGGCCUGGUAGCAAGAUUGGCCUAUCUUUUGUUCAUGCGAGUUCUUUCAAAGUAGUUCGUCGCCAGUUAUGGUUGGAGUUGGAAUCGCAGGUUUCAUCUGCGAUCCCAUGGUCUGUUCUUGGAGAUUUUAAUGCAACCUUGUUUUCCAAUGAAAAAAGGGGGCCAGGAACCUUUAAUCUUGGCUCUGUUGCAGAAUUCCAGGCGGUGAUAGAUGCUUGUUUGUUAUUACCAAUUUCAUCUACUGGAAAAAAAUUUACCUGGACAAACAAUAGGAGAAGAGGACAUGUGGCAGCAGUGUUGGAUCGUAGCUUUUGUAAUGAAAAAUGGAUAGAUUUUUUCAGAAAUGUUAUGCAGCGUGUCUUGUUGAGUUUGGUAUCAGAUCAUGCUCCGUUGCUUGUAAUUUCUGAUAUUGUCUCAAAGCCGAAUAACAUUCCAUUCAGGUUCCAUGGAUUUUGGAUGGAAAAUGAAAAUUUUCUUCCAGUGGUUGAUGAGGCGUGGAAGAUGCAGAUAAAAGGUGAUCCUAUAUAUGUUUUAUCGGCAAAGCUGAAGAGAGUAAAGGGGGUGUUAAAGGUAUGGGCUCAUGAUUCCUUUCCAAAUAUUAAUAUGGAGUUAGAGCAGGCAACGAAGGCUUUAAAAUCGAUCCAAGACUCAAUUGAAGAAUCAGGUAUGUCUGAUGAUCUUUUCAAUAAAGAGGCUGAUGCUAAAACGGCCUUGUUGAUUGCCAGUCGUAGACACGAGGCUCUUUGGGCUGAGAAGGCGAAACUGAGAUGGGUGAAAAAUGGGGACUGCAACUCCAAGCUUUUUCAUCUCUCUGUGAAGAUGAGGAGGGCGAGAAAUCAAAUUUCUGCUUUAAAGCGGGAGGAUGGGUCUUGGGUCUUGGAUCAAAGGGGAAUUGCUGAGUAUAUUGCCUCUUUCUUCGAGAAGUUUCAUGAACCAACCAGUAUUAUAGAGCAUCCUGAUCUUCUGGAUUGUAUUCCCAAAAUUCUGUCCAAUGAAGAUGUGGCUAGUCUAGAAGCGAUUCCUGGCAGAGAAGAAAUCAAAAAAGCAGUGUGGGAUAUGGAUCCUGAUAGUUCUCCUGGUCCUGAUGGAUUUCCAGGAAAAUUUUUUAGGAAAUGUUGGGAGAUAGUGGAGACGGACUUUGGUAAGGCAGUUGUUUAUUUUUUUCAAAUGGGAUACUUGCCCAAAGGAAUAAAUAACUGUUUUAUUUCCUUAAUUCCAAAAUCUGAUGGUGUUUCCUCUCUGGAUAAAUUUAGGCCAAUAUGCAUGGGUAAUUUUUUCUGUAAGAUUCUAUCUAAAAUUAUGUCCCCCAGGCUUAUGCCUCUUUUGCCGCGAUUGGUCUCAGAUGAGCAAGGUGCAUUCCAGAAGGGUAAGAUUAUUUCUUCAAAUAUUAGUCUGGCCUCGGAGCUGGCAAAUCUUAUGCAUUCCGCUGUGAGAGGUGGAGGAAUGGGAUUGAAAUUGGACGUGCAGAAGGCAUAUGAUUCCUUAUCAUGGAAAUUCCUUUUUGCCUCAUUGGUAAAGUUUGGUUUCUCGGACAAAUGGAUCUCUUGGAUCCAGCUUCUUUUAAGCUCUUUCAGGUUAUCUGUUUUAGUGAAUGGAGGGUCAGUGGGUUUUUCCCAGUGGGUAAAGGUCUGA